CGAAGCCAGACUCGGCAAUUCUAACUGCUGAACUGAACUCCUCGGGAGUCUGUGGCAGCCGGAACAGCGUCAAACAGACAGUCAGCGUUAAGAGAGAGGUUUCCCCUCCUUCAGGAACUUCAAUUCAUAACACAUUCAAGAUGCGAGUGUCUGUCCUCAGCAUGGCCCUCGUGGUGGCGUUGGCUGCGUCCCUCGCGCCGCAGUGCCAAGCGAGUGGCUGGGAGGCGCUGGUGCCGGCCAUCGCGAACAAACUCACUGGACUGUGGGAGAGCGGAGAGCUGGAGCUGUUAGGACACUACUGCAACUUUAGCGUGACACCGAAAUUCAAGCGCUGGCAACUGUAUUUCAGGGGUCGCAUGUGGUGCCCAGGAUGGACAGCCAUCAGAGGCCAAGCCGAGACCCGUAGCAGAUCGGGCGUGGUAGGCAGAACGACGCAGGACUUCGUCAGGAAAGCUUUCAGCGCGGGUCUCAUCACCGAAUCAGAGGCCCAAGUUUGGCUUAAUAGUUAAGGCGAAGAAGAACGACACGCAGAUAUAAUUUAUAAGAGCGCCAUGGAAGGGAUCUCAUUAAUGGUAUAUCCAAAUUCUUCCGCGAAUGUUGAUACCUCAUCCAAUAAACAAGUAAUAUAAUGA